AUGAACAUUGCAAAAGGAGAUGAUCACAGAUAUGAAGAGCUUUGGGGUCAGCCAACAAAAACAAGAAAGGUAGAACAAAUUAGCAUUGAGCAUCCCACCACAUCAAGGAGAUCUUUGAAGCAUGUUUUGGCUGUUCUUCUAUUUAUCAUUCUUGUAUGCGGACUUGCCACGACAUGUGCAUUAUAUGGUCUCGAGAAAAGAAAACCUGAAGAAAACCAACAAUGUAAGGCUUUGGCUGAGGAUAAAUUUUCAAACGACCCUUGCAGAGGCCAGAAACUGAAAUCAACAAGCCAUAGGAAUAAAGAGUUAGGAAGCAGAGGAUAUAGUUUUCUAGUCAGCUUUUUCAAAAGUCACGGAAGUAAAACAAACCGAACAAUCUUUGUAACAUCAGAAACUGAUUUCAAUUUAACAUUUUCAUUGCCAGAGACUCAAAGUUCGAGUCUGAUAUCAAUUUCUAGUCGUAGAAGUGGAAACAUUACCAUGAAGAAGUUAAAUGUACACUAUUCUCUUGUUCCUUCUUAUUUUACCCCUGAAUACAAAGGUAUCAUCAUCAACACUUCAGUCCCGUCAUCUGUAUUGACUCACCAUAGUUAUCAAACAUCUUCAGAUACUACAACCGUAUUUCCAAUCGACAACCUUUCAACAUUCUACAUUAUAUCAACAUCGACACCGGCAAAUUCAAAAUAAGGUAGUGGAAGUCAUUUCACAAUUGCUUCUAUGAAAGAGAACACUCUUGUUACAAUUAAGUUUGCUGCAGAUCAUGACGUAAAUAUAUUUAUCCAAGAGAGAAAUUAUGGAAGAGGUGACAUAUUCCAUAUCAUUUUGAACAAGUAUCAAACAUUCCAAAUCGGUAUUAAAGCCGACAUGACAGGAACAACGAUUAAUUCUUCAAAUCCUAUCGCUAUCUUUGCGGGAAAUAGGUGCAAUUAUGUUGGAUAUUAUGGAUUUUGUAAUAUGCUUAUAGAAAUGGUAGCACCAGCUGACAAACUCGACAAUGUUUUUAUUGUCCCACCAAAUAUUCAUAGAUACCAAUCGCUUGUACGCUUUAACGACUGUUAAAAGUAAUAUCAAAUAUACGACUGAAAAAAUCAAAACUAGGACUACUGUUUUGAAAAACCAAUAUGUUGAAUUUUCUGUCGGCGAACACGAAAUAGGUGUUAUACAUUCUAACAAACCUGUCUUAGUUAACAGUUUUGCAGGGGCUUCAAGUAAGGAUAGAGUAUAUGGUGAUCCAUAUAUGAUAACAGUACCUGGAAUAAAUCAGUAUCUCAAUAAAUACAUAAAUUUCGUACCGGACGGAUUUAAUUUUAACUUUGCUACUUUUAUGAUUAGAAACAGUUCUUUAGAAAAUCUUCAAAUAAACGGUACGAAAAUCGAUGUAGACAGAUGCCUUUUUCAUUCCUCAGUUCUCGUUGGGACAGCCCUUUACAGCGUUUGUACUGUAAGUGUUCCAAGUGGAGUCAUUGCUGUUAAAACUUCAGAUGGGACUCGAUUUGGUUUUAUCGUUACCGGUCAAUGAAAAAAUGAUGGUCAUGGCUACACUGGAAAUGCACUGUUAACCACAACAUGUGGGACAUAACAAAAUUGCGACAAAAUCGUAGUAAGAUGAUUACAUGUAUCUAUAUAAAAUCUGAACAAAAUGUGUAAUAGAUUUGUCUUCGAAUAUUCAGCUUUCGAUUAUUUUUGAAAGGAAGACCAAUUUUAAACAGCAUCACAUUUUCUGUUUUUAUAACUUCAUAACUUAUGUGGAGCUAAUAAAAAACUUGAAUGUUUCUCAUUCACACAGAUGAGAAAAAAAUUGAUUGUACAUUUUUUUGUUCCUGUUUUAAAAUUUAUUGCUCAUAAAGAGACGUUUGCGUGUGCCUUUAAAUUUGGACUCGACCGUCAAGGCCACUGAACA